AUGGCAGUCGUUUUCAGAAAAAGCAUCCGCAAGCUGGAGCUCUCAGAAGAGGAGCAAGGCGAUCGAUGGAGCAAUGAAGAUACACUGCCCGUGCCGCCAGAGCGACAACUAUGGGGUCCAUUGCAGUUUGUCGAGCUCUGGUUCCUCGUCAACAUGAACCUGAGCUCGUAUUCGACCGGGUCCUCUCUCAUGGCGAACGGACUGUCGUACUGGCAAGCGAUCGUUGUCAUCAUCGCUGGCAACGCUCUCGCAGCGCUAUUCGCCGUUCUCAACUCAGUCUCGGGCGCCAGCUCUCACCUCGGCUUUCCCAUCGUCUCGAGAAGCGUUUGGGGCAUGUGGGGGAGUUACUUCCCUAUACUCAACCGCAUCUUGCUAUCCGUUGUCUGGUACGGCGUCCAAUCUGUUUUUGGCGGCAACAUGAUCUACGUCUGCCUCCGCUCCAUCUGGAUGGACAUCGACGACCGUAUACCCAACACCCUUCCAGCCAACAUCGGCAUCACCAGCGCUCAGUUCGUCGGGUUCUUCCUCUUCAACGUGCUGUGCGUAAUCUUCAUCUGGUUCAGACCUAAUCAGCUGCGGCCAUAUUUCCAUGGGGCAUCCGCGUUGGUGUGUAUCACCCAGUUCGCACUGCUUGGCUGGGCCAUCGCAACAUCGAACGGCUGGGGAUCUGUUAAGACGACAUCGAGCGAGAUCCCUCCGUCGCAGCUUGGGUGGUCGAUGUGUUCGGGUAUCAUGUCGGUUAUCGGGAGUAUUGCGAGUGGUAUCCUUAACCAAAACGACUAUACGAGAUUUGCGAAGAAGCCCAGCCAUGUCACUUGGUCGCAGUCCUUGUCGUAUACCUUCUCAGGGAACGUCACAUCGAUCAUUGGUGUGCUGGUGACAGCUGCGACUCAGAAGCAAUAUGGCCACGGCGAGCCUCUGUGGCAACCAAGCGACCUAUUUAUCGCGAUUCAAGACCAACACGGCUCGAAGGGUCGAGCAGCAGCUUUCUUCCUCGGCAUUGUGUUCAUCUUCAGUCAACUCAGCAUCAACGUGGUAGGAAAUGUACUAGCUGGAGGUCUCGACGUCGCAGCUGUACUACCCAAAUACAUCAAUCUCCGCCGCGGAGCCUACGUUAUCGCCGCACUGUCCGUCCUUCCGAACCCCUGGCAACAACUUGCAUCUGGCUCCACGUUCCUGGCCGUGCUAUCCGCCUACGCAGUGUUCCUGGGUCCCAUGAUCGGCCUGCUCUGCGUCCACUUCUACAUUAUCCAGCGACAGAAGUUUCACUAUCCGGAUCUCUACACCGGUUCGUCGAAAUCAUGCUACUGGUAUACAUACGGCGUCAACUGGCGGACGGUGGUUGCAUGGUGCCUUGCCGUUAUACCGUCGAUGCCUGGGUUCGUCAACGAUGCAAACCCUGCGUUGUACGUUCCCACUGGUGCUCAGCAUGUGUACAGCCUGAGCUUCGUGCUGGGUUUCGUGCUGGCGUCGGUCAUUGCGUUCCUAUUGCACUGGGCUUUUCCAGUGGAGUAUCCGUCAAUCACAGAGCUCGAGCGGGAGCAAGAGAUCCAAGGCAUUGACCCGAUGGGCGAGCGGAUGGGCGCUGUGGACGUUGCAGAAGGGCGGACCGAGAAGAAGAUGGCAGAGGCUUCUGUAGCAGGCGUUGGUGGGCCUUGA